AAUAAUCCGUACAAGUAUGUCGCACCCAAGCCUGCUACACCACCGAGCCCGGACCAAAUGGAGAAGCCUAUGGGGCCGGAAGAAGUUGCUUUAUUGAACAAGUUCUUGCAUAAGAAAGUCGACUUAAUGCAAAAUAGUGGAAUAGAUGUGUCACUGGAUAGAAAUGAUCCAAGAUCACCAUUGCAUUCUAUACGUAGUUUCCGAGAUCUCAGGCUGUGA